AUGCGACUCGCGAACGUCGCGCCCGUCGCCCGCGGCGCCCGCGUCGGUUCGUCGGACCCCACGCGCGCGGUCGCGGCGAACGGGACGCGCGCGCCGCCGCGACGGACCGCGUCGUUCGACCCACCGGGUCGGGGCGAGCGCGGACGGACCGUGGUGCGGCGAAACACCCCGGCGGGGGUGGGGCGAAAGGCGGAUGACCCGCUCGGGGUGUUCCGGUUGGAGUACGACGUCUCGCAGGAUGAGAAGCAUCGACCGAAGACGUGGAAACCGACGAUCACGGUGGCGGUGAGCGGGGCGGCGGGACAGAUCUCGAACCACCUGUUGUUUAAGAUUGCGAGCGGGAGCGUGUUCGGGGCGGAUCAGCCGGUUAUUUUGCGAUUGCUCGGGAGCGAACGAUCGAGGACGGCGCUGGAGGGGGUGUCGAUGGAGUUGGAGGAUUGUCUGUUUCCGCUUCUGAGAGAGGUUGACAUCGGAAUCGACGCGAGGACGGUGUUCGCGGGCGCGGAUUGGGCGCUGUUGAUCGGUGCGAAGCCUCGAGGACCUGGGAUGGAGCGAGGUGACUUGCUCGAGAUGAACGGGAAGAUUUUCGUCGAGCAAGGGAAGGCGUUGAACGAUGUGGCCAAGCCGACGUGCAAAGUCAUCGUCGUCGGGAACCCGUGCAACACGAAUGCCCUCAUCGCGUUGUCGCACGCGCCGAACCUCGACCCGAAGAACUUCCACGCCCUGACCAAGCUCGAUGAAAACCGAGCGAAGUGCCAGUUAGCGAUCAAGGCUGGUGUGUUCUACGAGACGGUGACCAACGUCGCGAUUUGGGGCAACCACUCCACGACGCAAGUCCCGGACUUCGUCAACGCGAAGAUCGACGGUAAGAAGGCGACGGAUGUGAUAACGGACCGCGAAUGGCUCGAAUCCGACUUCACGCCGGCGAUUCAAACGCGUGGUGGUUUACUGAUCAAAAAGUGGGGUCGCUCCUCCGCCGCGUCCACGGCGGUGUCCAUCGCCGAUCACAUUCGAAACUUGGUCAACCCAACCGCUCCGGGGGAUUUUUUCUCCUCCGCGGUUUUGAGUAACGGAAACCCGUACGGUAUCCCCGACGGCUUGUGCUACUCCUUCCCGUGCCGCUCCAAGGGUGACGGCUCUUACGAAAUCGUGCAAGGGCUCGAGAUCAACGACUGGCUUCGCGAGCGCAUGGACAAGAGCGCGGAAGAGCUCGUGAACGAAAAAGGCUGCGUCGGCUCCUUGUUCGGCGACGCUCACCUCGAUGAGUUCGAUAUUCAGUGCCCCGUCGACCUCGAUGACACCCUCUUGCCGGGCGAGAUGUAG